GGCCCAUUCGCAUCACAUGCUCCCUCGAGGGCAGAAAGAAAAAAGGGGUUCUCCCAUCCCCACCCCGUUUCCGUAUAGCUAUAUAUAAGGCGAAUCCCUCUCUGUUCCUCCAGUGACACAAAGAGUCAGAGAAAAGGAAGCACCUGCUCCUAUUAUCUUAUUUUAAUUUUAUUUGCAUUCUGUUCAUUUCUCCCAUGCAAAAUAAAAACUCCUAGGUUUGCAUUACUGGAGCUGGAAGGGGAGAGAGAGAUUCCCUCUCCUGUGACUGGCUUGCUUUCUAGGGUGGAAAGGAGGGGAGAGAGACAAAAUAAAUUCUGGAAGCGACCGCUGAGAAAACCAACUUUGUCUUGGCCAGGCUGAUCUCUGAGAAGGCGAAGAGGAGAAGCGCUCAAGGAAAAGGUUCCAAAGACUCACAGCAAAGCGACGAUGUUCCCCAGGCUCUUUCACCAGUGGAGUUUCCUGGUUUUUAUACUGAGUUACUGUGUACCCUCCUCUGAGAGAUCGCUGGAAGGGAAUAGCCGCAGACUCAGCAAAAGGACAGUAUCAGAAUACCAGCUGUUGCACGAUAAAGGAAAGUCUUUGCAAGAUAUUCGAAGACGAAACUUCCUGCAAAAUUUAAUUGAAGGGGUUAACACAGCCGAGAUCCGGGCUAUGUCAGAGGUAUCACCAAACCCUAAACCUGCCACCAUCGCAAAGAAUUAUGCUGUCCGGUUUGGCAGUGAAGAUGAAGGCAAGUGCCUGACUCAAGAGACCAACAAAGCCCAGACGUACAAAGAGCAACCUCCUAAGGCUCCAGGAAAGAAAAAGAAAGGAAAGCCCGGCAAACGUAAAGAGCAAGAGAAGAAAAAAAGGAGGAUUCGUUCAGCCUGGCUCAGCUCAAGAGGGUCUGGAAGUGGAAUGACACAGAUCCCCCUAUUGGACAUCUUUGGAACUACACAUAUCAAUACAAGGAGGCGUUGACAUCGUCAGCUGAGAUUUUUGGAAAACACACUGCAGUAUUCUGUAAUAGUCAACAUAUGGAAAGUGUUAGAAGUAUUUAUUAUCUGUAAAUAUUGUAAAUGUAUCAGAAUAAAACGUUGGCCACAGAUGCUCUCCAAAACUGCACAUUUGAACAUUGUGAAUAUUGGGAGAUUCUUUUUGUGCAAAGACAAUUCUUGUUGUCCAUUUACCAUAAUUUAUUUUGUUGAAUGAUGUAUUUAUUUCCAUGAACGUUUAUCUUGGUGCUGCUGACUUUCUAUAAUUUUUGUAACAUAAUGCACUUUAGAUAUACAUUAUGUCUUUUGUUGAUACGACAUA